AUGGUAUCCUGUCAGACAUAUAGCGUCGAUAGUGUUCUCAUGAACAGGACUAGAAGAAGCUCAAUAGUCUCUAGUAUUGCCUCAAGGACCGGUGGACUCGAUUACCAAGAAUUGCCGCAAUUACUUGAUGAUAGCUAUCUGUUAAACAAACUCGAAAAGCUGGCACUAGUGACCGAGGGAGGUCCAAGGGAAUACAAGCUUACUCAAUCUUCCGAGGAAUCUGCAACACUAGACCGUUAUGAUCGGUACAAUCGGUAUCUGCAAGAGUUGAACGUGAAAGUUGAGAAGUACGACACUAUUUUGCGACAGGUAUCCAAAGUUCAAGACCAUUUGGAAGAAGCGAUUGACACCUUUGGACAAAUCUCCUCCAGCUCUAGCGAUUUUAUCGGAAGAACUAGGGAUACCUAUGUAGAAUAUGAACAACUGUCCAAGUUGCACCGAGAUAUCCCCAGGAUUAUGGGAUAUUUUACGGCCCUUGAUCCAAUAAUGCGUCGUUUGAACUAUGCAUCAUCGCCAAAUCUAGUCAGGAAAAACUCGUUUAACAAAAUGCUGGAUACAAUUGAUCAGUCUUUGUUUUUCCUUGAAGAUCAUCAGGAUUUAGCAGAAGCGGAGAUUUACAGCAUUAGGUUCAAGCGAUGCCUCAUUAAAGCAUGUGAGCUGAUUGCAAAUUAUCUGAGUGGUAUGCUGAGGCAGACUUGCAGUGGUAUAAACGAAAGAUUGAAAUCGGCCUCCUCUUCAUCGCAAAUCUCUAGAGAAGCGCUUGUGUACAACAAAUUUGAGCAGCUUUCCCAGGAGUACUACACGAGGAUCGCAGAACUUAUAUCAAGAGUUCACAGUGUCAAACAUACAAAAUAUCAUGACGAACUUGGCGCCAUACUAAAUGACUGCUUUGAGAAUUACUUUCAAACCCGCACGAGUUUGUUGACCCCAAUCAUCCGCCACUACCUCGACGAGACAUUUGAUGGGGACAAGAUGAAUCUGGUAUAUUUUAUUCAAAACAGCAAAACUUAUUUUGAAAGACUGUGUAGCGAUGAAUUUGCCCUGUUUACGAAGUUUCAUGGCAAAGAGUAUACCCGCGAGAGAGCUACCCAAUGGUUAUGCCAGCUUUGCGAUCCUUUAUAUGAUUCCGUGAGAGCAAAAAUUCUGAGAGAAACUGAUAUCUCGAUGCUCUGUGACUCUGUUACAUUGUUUAGGCAGUAUUACCAGUUCGAGGAUGGUUCUGAAGAAUACCGCGCCCAAUUCCCAGAUGUACAGUUUGAGAAAAUAUUUGAACCAAUUGUUCAGAAGUUGCAGGCGAGGUUGAUACUCAGGGUACAAAUUUAUAUCCAGCAACAUAUUGUAGGCUACAUGCCGUCGAAGGACUCUUUCAUCAUCUCUCGCAGGAGAAGCAGACCGAAUGAGGAAGCGAAUGUUCGUGAAACUAAAACCGAUCCAAUAGUCCAGGCUUAUCUGUCUAAUGUCACUCAGCAUUGUGCCGACAGCGAUAAAGCAUCUGUGGUCGAUAAACUCGAAUUGUACUAUCCUCCUCUAAUCACAUCGUUGGCUCUGCUUUCAAAAAUAUAUGAAAUGCUGAACGCCGCGGUAUUUGACGAUCUGGCUCACCACAUCGUCCAUGACUGUAUACUUUCCCUGAGAAAGGCCUAUAACACAGUCAAAACCUCCUCUGGCGGAUCUAAUAACCUGGAUAUUAAGUUAUCUUACUUGAGCAACUUGCUGUUGCUACGCCAAGAGAUUCAGAAUUUUAAUAUUCAAUAUACAGUGAAUGAGACAUACCUCGACUUCUCCGGUGUGGAAGCGUUCUUCAAGACAGGGGGCCAGAGCCUGAGAGGUCAAGAGUCUUCAGUUAUUGGCAUGGCAAAGGCACUGGUUCCUAGAGUAGUCAAUAACAUGGUUGAUGCUCGCUCAGAGCUGAUUAGCGAACUGCGUACCAUUAUUCGAGAUUUCACUGAAACAGCUUCCGCUCAGCUCUUUGGCGCAGCCCUUGAUGUCGAUAAUUGCGAUUCAAGAUCCAUUGUGGACAAUAACUACACCCUUCGGUCGCAGUUGGAGGAAAAGCUGCCUCGAAUCCAUGCCCAGAUCUCGACGUUCAUCGAGGACCGAGAUGUUGUAGCAAGUUUGAUGGAUGCGAUUCAAGAGGUCGCAGCACAGCACUACAGUGAAUUCUUCGAAAAAGUGAGCGAGGAAGCCGAUAAAGGCGUCCUGAAUAAGUCUGCAAUAUCAGAGUUGAUGUACGAUGAUGUUUUUAUUGGCUUUGUUAAUGACAUUAUUGGCAGGCUAACAAGAAGAAGAGUAGAAGAUAAUGAAGGGCUAUAG